AUGAGGCACUGGGUGCUGCGGGCCUGGCGGGGUCUGUGCGGGGCCGGGCCCGGGCCCGGGCCCCCCUGGCGGGUGCUCUUCUUCGGCACCGACAACUUCGCCGCCGAGUCGCUGAGGGCGCUGGACGCCGCCAGGGAGCCCCGCCAGGACGCUCUGGUGAGCAGCCUGGAGGUCGUGACUCUGCCGUCGUCCUCAACGAGGAGCCUUCCCGUGGAAACCUGCGCUGCGCAGUGCCAGCUGCCGCUCCACCACUGGCCGCACACGGGCCCCCGCGGCUGCUUCGAUGUCGGGGUGGUGGCGUCGUUCGGGCACCUCCUCAGCGAGGACCUCAUUCAGCAGUUCCCAUAUGGCGUGUUGAAUGUGCAUCCCAGCUGUCUCCCACGGUGGCGUGGCCCUGCUCCAGUAAUCCACACAGUGCUUCAUGGUGAUACAGUAACUGGAGUGACAAUUAUGCAGAUUAGACCCAAAAGGUUUGAUGUUGGUCCAAUUAUUAAGCAAGAAAAGCUUGCUGUUCCUCCCCACUGCACAGCAAAGAAGCUAGAAGCAAUAUUAGCAAAACUGGGUGGUAACAUGCUGCUUUCUGUUUUGAAAAACUUGCCCGAAAGUUUAGAAAAUAAAAGGGAGCAACCGCAGGAGGGAGCAACGUUUGCUCCUAAGAUCACUGCUGCCAUGAGUUGUAUAAAAUGGGAAGAACAAACUGCUGAACAGAUACUGCGACUACACUGUGCCAUAGGAACUAAAUUCCCAUUGCAAACACUCUGGCUGGGUAGUCCUGUUAGACUUCUGGAUUUUGUGGAGGUGCAUAACAAGCCUGACUUUGUUGAUCAUUUAGUAAAUGAAGACAGAACAGUUCCAGGCUCCAUAUUAUACGACAAACGUUCCCAGGCACUGGUGGUUCGUUGCAAGGAAGGCUGGGUUGGAGUCAAAACUGUCAUAAAGAACAAAAGGCUUACAGCUGUUGAUUUCUAUAAUGGAUACUUGCAUCUGUGGUUCCGUCGGAAUUCAAAACUGUUUCUUGAGGAUUGCAGAUUUCAAACGCUCAAGCUUAACACAACAAAGAAAGCUUCAGAAAGAAAGGAAAUGGUGGUGAACACUAUAACACACUCACAGCAUGAAAACCGUUGAGCAGGGCACCUGUAAAUUAAUAAAUAUUUUAUUUCAUUAUUAUAAGCAAAGCUGAAUAGCUGAUCUUGGUAGCAGUGAAGAUUUCCUCAAAACUUUUUUUCCAAAGUACUACUUCCUUAAGAGAAGAAACAUAAGUCUGUAAAUAGUGAAGACUAUGAAUUGAUCUCUUUAUUUACCUUUGGACAAUAAAUUCUUCUUAUACAUAAUUUU